AUGCCUUCCGUCAAGACCGCCAUCACCUGGACUCUCCUCGCCCUGGCUCAGCUCACCACCGGGCACAGCGUCAUCACCAAUGCAGUUGGUGACUCCGGCGGCUCGGGUAUGGCCCUGGGCGUCGACAACACUACGCCCCGUGACGGCACGCGCCGCCGGCCCUUCCAGCAGGAUGCCACCCGUUUCCGCGGUGACUCGGCCGAGACCGUCGGCGAGACUCUUGGCGGGGGUGACAACGAUGUCGAGACCGGUACCUCAGCCAUCCUAGCUGAGACUAAUGAUGAUCUGCCGCAGGUCACGCAGGGCGGCGAACUCACCAUGACGCUGCACCAGGUCAACAGCGACGGCGCUGGGCCUUAUACUUGUAUGAUCAACGAUGAUGGCACUGGCCAGAGCUGGGCCGACAUCACCGUCACGCAGAACGUUGAAGGCAACGAGCGUGGCCGCAACCGUGAUGGCGAGGCCUCGGAUUUUCCCCUCGUCGCGGCUAUACCCGCUGAUCAGGAGUGCACUGGCACCGUUGCCGGCCAGAACAAUGUUUGUCUUGUCCGCUGCCAGAACCCUGCUCGCGCUGGUCCUUUUGGUGGUGUUGUUCCUGUUCAGAUGGCGGGUGGUAACGCUGGAGGUGCGAACAACGCCACUGAUGAUGCCGCCAGCAAUGGUGCUGCCAACAACAACGCCGGUAACGAUAGUGCCGCCACAAAUGAUAAUGCUGCCGUCAACAACGGUGCAGCCAACAACAAUGCUGCCGCUAAUGAUGACGCCUCAGCCAACAAUGGUGCGGUUCAGAAUAACGCUGCAGUUAGCAACGGUGCUUCAGCCAACGAUGAUGAUGAAGAUGAGGAGGAAGAUGAGGAGGAUGACAACGGUUCUUUCAACAACAACAACAAAGCCAGGGCUAUUCGAUUUUCCGCCUGA